AGUAUAUUUUUCAAAUCCAGCAUGACAGAAUGGGAAGGGCCUCCUAGAUCAGCAGAUUCCAGCCCCUCCCCUUGUCCCAGAUGGAGAAACUGAGGCCCGUUUGCAGAAGGGAGGGGGACCUGUUGAUUAGGGACCUGACCUCAGCCUGUCCUCUCUCCCCCCACCCCCACCUCAGUGACCCUGGGGCCCAGGAGCUCUGAGGAGCCUGCGGCCGGUCUCCCUGGAGGGAGGAGGCGGGCUCUCCACCGCAGCGAUGGCGGGGGCGGGCGGCGCGGGAACCUGACACCCAGGAUGAAUAAAUGAUGCUCGCUGACUACCCGCAGCUACCGAGCGCCGGUUGGCAAGGGCAGAGACCGGCGGCCGGCCCAUUUGUCCGUGGGCUCCGCAAGCGGCGCGGCGGCGCGAAGAUGGCGGGGCGGCCGGGCGCGGGACCCCUCUGGGCGCUGGGCGGCGCCGCGCUCGGGGUGUGCCUCGCGGGGGCUGCCGGGCAGCUGGUGGAGCCCAGCACGGCCCCGCCCAAGCCCAAGCCGCCCCCGCUGACCAAGGAGACGGUGGUGUUCUGGGACAUGCGUCUGUGGCACGUGGUGGGCAUCUUCUCGCUCUUCGUGUUGUCCAUCAUCAUCACCCUGUGCUGUGUCUUCAACUGUCGAGUGCCACGGACCCGGAAGGAGAUUGAAGCCCGAUACUUGCAGCGAAAGGCAGCCAAGAUGUACACAGACAAGCUGGAGACUGUGCCGCCCCUCAAUGAGCUCACAGAAAUCCCGGGAGAGGAUAAGAAGAAGAAGAAGAAGAAGGACAGUGUGGACACAGUGGCCAUCAAGGUAGAGCAGGACGAGAAGAAUGAGGCCAAGAAGAAGAAAGGAGAGAAAUGAGGACAUCCUGGAGGCGGCCGCUGGGGCUGGCACUCAAGCUCAAGCCGUGGCCAGGUCCAGGCAUGUUGGACUCUGAGCUCAUUCGUGGACCACAGAGGCUGUGGAUCACAGAGGGGAAGCUGAGGCCCGUGCCCACAUCCUCAUGGCCCAUCAGGAGCAGGAACCAGACUCUAGCAGGUGUCCUGCCCCAGCCACAUGGGUGCUGUUGGCAGAAGUGGUCUGGGGCCACUGUCCCUCUGCAGAUACACUGCUGUCCCCACCCGGACCUCCCUCUGUCCCACCCUUUCUGCCAUGGAUGGCAGUGGGUGUGAAGGAGUAAUGGGAUGAGGGGUUACUUCAGUCACCCUUUCCAGCAGGAAGUGGCUGAAGUGCAUGGCUCAGGGUGUAAGAUCACACCCAGACUGGCCACGAGGAGGCAGAGAAGUUCACUGGGGGAAGUUGUGGCAGCAGGAGGGACUCUGCCUGGCCAGGGAGGAGCCCUGAUGGUGAGGAGACUGCCUGGCAGGAGAUCCAGCUCAAGGAAGUGAGCAGAGGUGGCUCCAGAAACAGAACCCCCAGCCCAGCAGACAGCAAGCUCAAGGCAGUGGGCAACCCUCAUUUCACACAUUGUGAUGGAGCUGAGGCUGCUGCCAGGCCCAGCAUGAGGCCCUGAGGCUCGGGCUCAGGGCUGGACUGCAGGGCUGGGUCAGGUGUACACAGAGCUAAGGCCAGUGGGCUAGAGGGUGCAGGAGAGAGAGCUGGAGCUGGGCCCCUCUUGGAAAUCAUAGCAUAUUUAAGAAGCCAAGGGGGACCUUGGGCUGUUCUGGUGGUCCCUUCUCUGCCCAGCAGUGCUAGGAGGUCUCAGGGCCCUAAGAGAUCACAGCAGGGGCACGCUGACCCUGCGCCUGCUGACCACAGCGGCACCAGCUUCUCUGCAGCUUCCUCUUCUACCAUUUCCCACUGCCGGCGCCUAAAAGAAGCAUCUCUGACCAGAAGACAAAGGCCCAAACAGCACCUGGGGGAGGGCAGAUGCACAGAGGUGCUUCCAGAUGGCACAGAACAGACUAAGGCUCUGAAACCUAGGCCUGAACACUCCGGAGACACCAGAGGGUUCCCAGCCCGGGGAGCCUGCUGGCAAAGCAGCCUGUAGAGAUUUGUGAAUAAAGCUGAGUGCCUUCUCAGAGCCAAGCCUAGAAAACGGCCUCCUGAGAUGGCCCCUCGGGA